AUGCAGAUUUUUCUGAAGACCCUUAUGGGGAAGGCCAUCACGCUGGAGGUUGAACCCUCGGACACUAUAGAUAAUGUAAAGGCCAAGACCCAGGAUAAGGAAGGAAUUCCUCCUGGUAAGCAGAGGCUGAUCUUCGCUGGUAAGCAGCUGAAAGAUAGCCGUACUUUGUCUGACUACAACAUUCAAAAGGAGUCCACCCUUCUUCACCUUGUGUUGAGACUUCAGGGUGGUGCUAAGAAAAGGAAGAAGUCUUACACCAAAAAGAGUAAGCAUAAGAAGAAGAAGGUUAAGUUGGCUGUGCUGAAAUAUUAUAAGGUGGAUGGAAAUGGCAAAAUCAGCCAACAUCGUCGAGAGUAUCCUUCUGAUGAGUGUGGUGCUGGAGUUUUCAAGGGUAGCCACUUUGACAGGCAUUCCUGUGGCAAGGGUUGUCUGACUUAA